CACCGAAACAUCCGGAACGAAUUACAGCCAGCUCCGUCUUGACUGUCACUUCACGCAACGUCGAUACCUUACCCACGGAUACUAUUGGAAUGAAUUCGAAAAAAAUUGUCGCUCCAUCUAAGGUUCCCGAAUGCGUAUCACCGCAUGCAGUGAUCCCUCCGGUGGUCGAAUGUGGAUUGAUCGACCAAUAUUCAGCUGGACCAUCGACUUUUCCAUCUGCAUGUGGCACCAACCCCUACGUUUUGGAACCGUCUGUUGCGGAUUCUUCGUUGGACGAGGAUAAUUUGGCAUCCAGUGAUGAAUGUGAUUUCGAGGGAUUCGAAGAGGUUUCGCCGGCGACCAACAUCGAAAAGCAAAUCAGACAGCUACAGGAAAUCAUCCAGGAAAAAGAUUCGAAAAUCGAAUCGAAUCGAGAACGUCAGGCGAGAAAAUCGAAAAUCGAAUCGAGAACGUCAGGCUACGAUCGUUGAAUAUGCUUCUUCAGGAGACCAUAGUACGUAGGGAUGAAGACAAGUCUUUCACGGAAUGCGACGGGUAUCCAACUGCCGAGUGGUUGUUGUCUGUAUCGCAGAACUCAGAAGACAGCGACUACCUGUUUGUGAAAGAGAUGCUCCUUCGCUUGUUCCCAGAAGGAGUCGGAAACGCUACAGCUACAGGUAGGACCUCUAACAAUCCGAAGGGAAGGAAUAAGGAAGCAGUGAACCAAGACCCUGGCAGCCAACUAACCACCAAACUUGAUCCGAACAAGCUGAAGUACAUGAAAGAUCGUCUUUUUGAAAGGCGCCGCAUUCUUCAGGAUCCAGUAGGAAUCGCGAUGGAAAAGGCCAGGAAGAUCAACAAGCACAUUGCACAUGCAAUUGCUAACAACCCGCAACUGCGCAAACAGCCGACACAACAAUAAUCGUUGUUGCGAAUCAUUUAUCUAUAUUAUUUUAACUUGUUUCAUUCAAAAGUUAUUUUAAACACGUGCGUUUUUGGUACCAAAAGUAUGAAUUGUCUCAUUGGUUUUCGCGCAGAAUAAACUCAAUUCAUUUUAAA